AAGGGCCUUGAAACUGCUCUGUAGGGCAACGGCAGCGUUCUCUAGGAGGGUCUUCAAAAUGAGCUAAGAAGAUGGGCAUAGAGGACGGAUUUCACACAGACCAGAACAGGCCAUGCAGGGAAGUUUUUAAAUCUCUUUCAGAAAUAUUUCUUUGGGGGUAGACAAUCAUGUCACUAGAAGCAGGUAGCCUAGGUAGCACCUAGGACACCCUUCCGAGAUGCGUUUGUUCAUUUGUUGCACAUUUUCUGCCAAAGAAGUGAGACUACAAAAGGUUAAAUUUCUCAUCUAAGAUUAAUUCCGCCAUCUCUGUGAAAUGGAGGAAGCAGAAUAUCAUUAGGCCCUCUAAUCUCAUUUCUCUCGUGCUGUCUUCCUUGGAGCCUAUCAAAUAGUGUCCUGGCAGAGAAUCAGCUCUGUGGAUGCGAUGCAUCAGGGUCAGUCUCUUUCUGAAACGGGAAAGAGGGCUGCCGUUUAGAAAAUGUAACCUACCUUUUAAGGCAGGAUGAAAAGCUCUGUCUCGGAAGACCUAGGCUGUAGACGUGGGGAUUUCAGUAGGAAGCAUUAUGGAUCUGUGGAGCUGCUUAUUUCCAGCGAUGCCGAUGGAGCCAUCCAAAGGGCUGGAAGGUUCAGAGUGGAGAAUGGCUCUUCAGAUGAGAACGCAACUGCCCUGCCAGGUACGUGGCGAAGAACAGAUGUGCACUUAGAGAACCCAGAAUACCACACCAGAUGGUACUUCAAGUAUUUUUUAGGACAAGUCCAUCAGAAUUACAUUGGAAACGAUGCAGAGAAGAGCCCCUUCUUCUUGUCUGUGACCCUUUCUGACCAAAACAAUCAGCGUGUCCCUCAAUAUCGUGCAAUUCUUUGGAGGAAAACAGGUACCCAGAAAAUAUGCCUUCCCUACAGCCCCACCAAAACUCUCUCUGUGAAGUCCAUCUUAAGUGCCAUGAAUCUGGACAAAUUCGAGAAAGGCCCCAGGGAAAUUUUUCAUCCUGAGAUACAAAAGGACUUGCUGGUUCUUGAAGAGCAAGAGGGCUCUGUGAAUUUCAAGUUUGGGGUUCUUUUUGCCAAAGACGGGCAGCUCACUGAUGAUGAGAUGUUCAGCAACGAAAUCGGAAGUGACGCUUUUCAAAAAUUUUUAAACCUCCUGGGUGACACAAUCACUCUAAAGGGCUGGACCGGCUACCGCGGCGGUCUGGACACCAAAAAUGACACCACAGGGACACAUUCAGUUUAUACUGUGUACCAAGGGCACGAGAUCAUGUUUCAUGUGUCCACCAUGUUGCCGUACUCCAAAGAGAACAAACAGCAGGUGGAAAGGAAGCGCCACAUCGGAAACGAUAUCGUCACCAUCGUGUUCCAGGAAGGAGAAGAGCCUUCUCCCGCCUUUAAGCCUUCCAUGAUCCGUUCCCAUUUUACGCAUAUUUUUGCCUUAGUGAGGUAUGACCAACAAAAUGACAAUUACAGGCUGAAAAUCUUUUCAGAAGAGAGUGUGCCGCUCUUUGGCCCGCCCUUGCCACCCCCGCCGGUGUUCACAGACCACCAGGAAUUCAGGGACUUUUUGCUAGUGAAGCUAAUUAAUGGCGAAAAAGCCACUUUGGAAACCCCAACAUUUGCCCAGAAACGCCGACGUACUCUGGAUAUGUUGAUUCGAUCUUUAUACCAGGAUUUGAUGCCAGAUCUGUAUAAGAACAUGCUUAAUAGACGAUCUUUUAGCGACGUCUUGCCAGAAUCACCCAAGUCGGCGCGGAAGAAAGAGGAGGCCCGCCAGGCAGAGUUUGUUAGAAUAGGGCAGGCGCUGAAACUAAAGUCCAUUGUGAGAGGGGACGCUCCGUCCAGCUUGGUGACUUCGGGGAUCUGUAAAAAAGAGCCUUGGGAGCCCCAGUGUUUCUGCAGUAAUUUCCCUCACGAAGCCGUGUGUGCAGAUCCCUGGGGCCCGGCCUUGCUGGUCUCCACUGAUGCUGGCGUCUUGCUAGUGGAUGAUGACCUUCCAUCCGUGCCUGUGUUCGACAGAACCCUGCCAGUGAAGCAGAUGCACGUGCUCGAGACCUUGGACCUUCUGAUUCUCAGAGCAGACAAAGGAAAAGACGCCCGCGUCUUUGUCUUCAGGCUGAGCGCCGUGCAAAGGGGCAUUGAGGGUAAGCAGGCCGUGAGGAGCCGGUGCGACUGCAGGGACAACAAGCUGGAGAAGACAAAAGGCUGCCACCUGUAUGCCGUUAACACUCACCACAGCAGAGAGCUGAGGAUCGUUGUUGCCAUUCGGAAUAAACUGCUCCUGAUCACGAGGAAACACAGCAAGCUUCAAGCGGGGGCCAGCAUCUCGCUGUUGUCCCCGCUGUCCGAGUCACCUGUAGAAGAAUUCCAGUACAUCAGGGAGAUCUGUCUGUCUGACGCCCCCGUGGUGAUGACCUUAGUAGAUGGGCCAACAGAAGAGAGUGACAAUCUCAUCUGCGUGGCUUACCGACACCAGUUUGAUGUGGUGAACGAGAGCACCGGGGAGGCCUUCCGGCUACACCACGUGGAGGCCAACAGGGUUAAUUUCGUUGCAGCUAUUGAUGUGUACGAAGAUGGAGAAGCCGGUCUGCUCUUGUGUUACAACUACAGUUGCAUCUAUAAAAAAGUCUGUCCAUUUAAUGGGGGCUCUUUUUUGGUUCAACCCUCUGCGUCAGACUUCCAGUUCUGUUGGAACCAGGCUCCUUAUGCAAUUGUCUGUGCUUUCCCGUACCUCCUGGCCUUCACCCCCGACUCCAUGGAGAUCCGCCUGGUGGUGAACGGGAACCUGGUCCACACAGCAGUCGUGCCUCAGCUGCAGCUCGUGGCCUCCAGGUCGGAUAUAUACUUCACAGCCACUGCGGCCGAGACUGAGGCCUCAUCUGGAGGCAGCUCCAAGGGGGCCAGUGCCCACAAUUCUCCUCAGACACCCCCAGGCCGAGAGACCCCAGUGCUUCCUUCUUCCCUGGGGGAAGGUGAAAUUCAGUCCAAAAGCCUGUACAAGAUUCCACUCAGAAACCUUGUCGGCAGAAGCAUUGAGCGACCUCUGAAAUCACCCUUAGUCUCCAAGGUCAUCACCCCGCCCACCUCCAUCGGCGUUGGCAUCGCUGCCAUUCCGGUCACUCACUCCUUGUCUCUGUCCCGAAUGGAGAUUAAAGAAAUAGCAAGCAGGACCCGCAGGGAGCUGCUGGGGCUCUCCGAUGAAGGUGGACCCAGGUCAGAAGGAGCACCAAAGCCCAAAUCAAAAGUCCGGAAGCAGUCAGAAGAAAACCAAGGAGGCCCCAAGCCAGGGACAGUGAGAUCAACUAGCAGCGACAGGAUCACAUCGGGCUCCUUGGAAAGUCCUUCUACUUCCGAAGCCAAUCCCGAGGGGCAUUACCAUUCGACAAGCUCCGACCAGGACCCUGGGGCAGACAGAGAAGGCAGCCCAGUCUGGGCCGGCAGCCCCUUUCAGCUCACAGCCUCCUCAGAUGAAGACAUUAUUGACUUGAAGUAAACAGAGUCCGAAUAGAGUUUGCCACCUUUAAUUUUCUUAUGGAGGUUUAUACUCUUUAAUCAGUUCUGACAUCAUUUCUCAACAAAAUGUGGCUUUUAGCCUGUCUGCGAACUAUUGGACCAAACCUUCAGCACCCUUGGCCAAUUUGGGUCACUCUCCAGUGUCCAGUGCCAUCUUUCUCGACCUUUGUUUCUUUCUGUUCAGGAACCAUCAGUCCCCUUGUAAUACAGGUGGUAGAUUUCAUUGAGAUUUUAGAUUGAAACUUUGAAUAAAUCAAAAAUGUUCAUUCUUAUCUUACUGCAA